AUGGAUACAUCACGAGACUCAUCGAACCUGCUCGACACGCACAACCGCCUCAUCGCAGACGUCCUCUCGCGGUUCCGCAUGCUGACGAUGCUCGCGACGAUCCAAGCCGAAGGCGAGCGCAAGAACGCCGAGCCGCAGACCGUCGCCGUGACGGGCAUGUCGAUGCAGAUCGAGUUUGAAGGCCUGCACACCUCGAUCAAGGACCUCCUCGCCCUGAGCCGCCGCCUGAAGGAGCUUUGGCUCUUUGGCAAGCUGGGCCGCGGCGAAGGCGACGCCCGCAUUCAGGCCGACAAACUCCAGGCCGACGUCGUGCGCUGCGCGGAGUUGCUCAACGCUAUCCAGGAGAGGCGGUACGCCGGCCUGGCGAGCGCGGCGGGCGGCAAGUGGGCGCCGAUG